ACCAGGUGUGUUAGUUCGUACACCGAUUUAUAAAGUCUACGUUCUGUAUGUUUACACUGUAUAUUGUGACACCUCGACACAACAAGCACGUUACACAGCACAUUCCACUAUUCCAUAUAGAUAGCAUACCCCUGGAGCACAAUGUGAAAUUCGGAUCACAACGUGUUGCACUAGUGAAAAUUCUUUUGAUAAAAAUGGAUCUUAACAUGUGUUAUUUUUACUGCGAUAAGUGUAUAAUCAUUUCGGUAAUAUUCCACCAGUAACGUAAUACAACGAUACCUUGUCGGUGACGUAGACAAGGACAACCAUGGGAUGUGGACAGAGCGUGAUUACCAUAGAGAUACGUGUCAAAAGAGGACAGAUGGCGCCAGUCAAAGGAGGGGAUGGUCCUCAGCUUCCAAAGAUCAUGUUUGGCACGUAUAAAGUAAACAAGAAGUGCACCUACCAAGAGUCUCAUCACAUGUAUGUCUUUGACGCAAGAGUCCUCACCGUACUCCCGCCACCUCACGUUCCUCACACGAGAAAAAACGAGAUUUUCCAACCGGAACGUUUUGAAAGGUUGGACAAGAGGGCAUUAAGUGUGUCGCAAGCCAGAAAACGUGGUAUGCUGAUCGACCUGGUGGAGUGGCUGAUUAAACCGUGCAAGGGUUACGAGCUGGCUAAACUGAGGGUAUUAUACCGCUGGUUGACGUCCUGGGACAUCAAGAAAUUCAAACCGCCGCUGGCUCGGAUAGAAAAGGGAUCCGUUCUUUGGUAUAUUCUGAGGCUUCAGAAUAAACAGGAGAAUUACGCUGCCAUGAUGUGCUAUCUCUGCAGUUAUGCAGGGCUUGUGUGUAUGGUUGUUCAUGGAUUCAUGAAAGGCAGUACUUACAAGAUCGGACAGAAUGUAGAAUCUAACAAGAUCAACAUGUACGGAGAAUGGAACGCAGUCCUCAUUGACAACGUAUGGCGUCACGUGAACGCCUACUGGGGAGCAUGCGCAGUGACGGGCGAUGACGAUGAAUCCACUACAUUUCAUCUCGACGAGACAUUCUUCAUCCCCGACCCAGAAACUCUGGCAUACACACAUUUCCCGGACGAACCAAAAUGGCAGCUUCUAGACAGACAAAUGUCAAUGAAGGAUUUUGAAAGAAGGGCAUUUGUCAAAGAGCGUUUCUUUGAGCUUGACAUGCGAAUUUUAUCACAUCCGGAAUGUGAAAUAACGUGCCAUGAUGAACUUGAAAUUCUAUUUGGAAUUGCACCCAACAUGGCAAAGCAAGUAGCAUUGAAAUGCCUUCUCUCUGUAGAAAACGAAGAAGAGGACUGGGUCCCAAUAGAGAUCGAUAAAGUUCAACAUGACUAUGCACAUGUACAUAAUGCAAACUCCAUUUCGGUUCAGGUGCGUUUCCCGGAGAAAGGUACCUACAAAUUGGAAAUUCUCGGAAAGGACCUCUUACGGGAACGUCGGGAGGAAAAGUACAUAUACGACUGGCUAGUUGUCUACAAGAUAUACGUGAAAAAGGUGGCGAAAACCGUAGCUUUUCCUAGAUGUGACGAAACUGCUAGAUGGGGCCCAAAUCUGUUGACGGAGGAGGCGGGUCUUAAGUCUGUCGUUCACCCGUUCGCGACCGUAAACGCUGAUGGCGGUUACCUUGAUCUGGCAAUCAGAUAUGAGGAUAUCGAUGCUGCUGACUCGGAAAUAUUUUACAAGAUUACGACACUUGAUGUAAACGUAGACGACGCGGAAUUUUCUCAGCAGGGGAUCAUGAAGGAGGAAAACCAGUUCAUCAUUUUCAAUGACAAGCCCCCUGCCAACGAAUAUGGCCUUUGCCUGUACGUUGAGAUGGAGGAGGAACAAGACCCAUUACUACUUCCGCCCCUUAGAGCGGGUGAGGUCAGGCCGCCAAUUAUAGUCAAAAAGAACGUCUGCAACUUCAUGGUCAGAUGCACGUCGUUAUCCAAAGACUCCAAAUUCCGAGAGAUCGACAAUGCGAGGAAAGCAAUCGUAGAAGCCAAUAAAGAAAAGCGUCUUGCGGACCUAGAACGGAUUGUUGAUCUGAUUGAGACCAGAGAGUUUGAGCGGUAUAUGUCACCGGAAACCGUAUACGGGCGGGAACUCAUCCAGCGCCUGCGCAAACUGCAAAACAAGCUUCACGAGGUCAUGAUCCUUGACACUGAAAGUAUUAUGAAACUUCGUGAUCUUGUGAACCCUGACCCGGAAGUAUUUGCUGUCAUGAAGUCUUUGCUGCUUUUCGUUGGGCAUUUUGACGAAGAGUUACGGCAAUGGAGUGACGUCCAGAAGAUCAUCGGUCGCUCAGCAAAGAUGGCGCUUAGACGGCGUAUCGGUGAAUUCGACAUCAACGAAUUAGAUCUCGAUAUUGCGCUCGGAGCCAAAAAAUUGUUGGGCACAAUGGAACUGGAAAAGAUUCAAGCUUUGAAUCCAACCCUGGGUGUUUUUAUGGACUACGUGAUAGCAGUGGUAGAAGAGAUGGAACUAAGGUAUCCCAAAAAACUUGAGCUGACAGUGCCUCGAACGACGAGGGAGGUGAUUCAGAGGAGCAAAAAAGUCAUCGCUCUCCUCACAAUGAUGCAACCAAAAGUUGAACCCGAAGAGGAGUUUGAAGAAUAUGAUUUCUUCUGAGGGUUCUGCUCCUACAAACGAAGCACGUGGCCUAUGACAUCAUGGAAUGCUACCGUUAACAAAGUGUGAGUGGGUCCAAACCACUGCUGGCCUUUGGUCCGAUUUCCUGACCAAAAAUAUAAUGCAACACGCAAGAGUCAAAACCUGAGUUAGCUAUAGUGAUCGUGUCAUAAACAGGUGGAACUUUUUCAACUGAAUUCCAGUGGCUCGGCUUAAGUACUUUCCUCGGGACGAUGAGUUACUGUUGUUUUUUUUCACGCGAAUGCAAAUGAAAUACUUUGAUAUAACUUCAUGAGAGAUUAUAUAAAUAUCAAGUAUUUUUUUCCUCUAAAGUGACCACAGAAACUUGAUCUUGAUAAUUAUAAUAUGAAAAGUAAAAGUUAUAUCUUAUGUUAACAUAUCAUACACUAAUCAUCUGCGACACCCUUUCUUUGUUUCCUUGUGAGAAGACAUGGCGACAUUAGUACUGAAAACAAUGUAAUGAUUUUAAAACGUCGUUGUCCACCGAGAUGUGAAGAGCACAGGGACCUGAGAAUUUGUUACAGCUGUAUUUGGAAUUCAGAGUAAUUUUUCGUGUUUUAGGGGUUUAGAAUAUUAAUGAGGUUGAGGUCAGCCCAUGUUGAAACAUGCAGUGUUGAUUGGUGGUUAAGCGAAAAAAUGGUUGCACUUCCAGCCAAUCACAUCACGGGUCUCGGCACGUGGCUGGCGUCAACCUCAUAAAAAUUCAAAAAAGUGGCAGGCUGACUGCGAAAAACUUUGAAACUCUGAAAUGGCGUGGUUUCUUUUGAGGAAACGGAGUUCAUGUCUGCGGAAGGAGAAUACAUUUUACGUACCUAUAGGAUUUUUGAAAGAAAAUGUAUCCAUCUUUCCAACGGUACUAAGCAUUUUCCCGUAUAUCAACCAGAAAUGUUGUUUUUGAUGCAAGACAGUUAGUUGGGGUCGACAUUUUGACAUCGAGAGCUUUCCUCCCUUCUCGAAUAUAUGAUGAUUGGGGUGUCAAUUUUACCGAAAGUCGAUCUAAAUCCCUAAAAUAUGUAAAAUUACUCUGAACACCUUAGUUUAGGUCCAAAUGUAGCUGUAACAUAUUCUCAUGUCUCUGUAGUUUCGAUGACUAGUACGGUAUAUACUCUGUCACAUUCAUCAGACAAAUGA